AUGAAGAUCUCUCUCUCUGCCGGUGUUCUGCUGCUCUCUGCUGCCGUGCUCUCUCUGGAGUUUAAAGAAGAAGAUCCUGUUGAGAAGUUUAUAAACCAGCAUAUCAACGAGAAGAUGGACGAUGACGGCUGCACCGAGGUGAUGAAGAAGAGAAGAAUCACGGACUGCAACGGCAACUGUAAGCCGACAAAUACCUUCAUUGAAGCAAAGUUCACCAGCGUCAAACACGUCUGUAGGGCUGAAGGAGAGAACAUUGGUGGUGAUAAUUAUAAAAGCAAAAAUAAAUUCAAAAUUGUUGUCUGCAAAGGAGGUCGAGGUAAACCUCCUCACUGUGAGUACAAUAGUGUAAGAUAUGACGACAGGAACAUUGUAGUUGGAUGUAAUGAAAAACGUGAACCUGUUCACUUUGUAAGGGUUUUACCUGAUGAAUCAGAGUAA